CUCCCCAGAUAUGCUCUCGCUGCUCGCCGCCUCGCCGUCGGUCGUCGUCUCGCCGGUCGGCGCCUCGCGCCUGGCCGUUGGCCCAGUCCGCGUCGGCCAGCCCGCCUGCCUUGCCUCGGAUGACCUCUCGCUCUCUCGCCGCGAGGUCGUCGCGGCGGCGGCCGGGCUCUCGGCGCUACUUCCGGCGGCGCAGGCGCGGGCAGAGUCUACGCUGGUGACGCGGCAGCAGGCGUACACGCGGUAUGUGCCGCGUGUGGAGCGCGGGCGCGACUACUGGGCGGGAGGCCUGCGCAAGCAGGUGAGCAGUGGCGACUGGGCCGCGAUCCAGGCGGCGCUCGAGAAGAAGGGUCCGAUUGACCGGCUGUUCGGCCCGCUCGAGCUGUGGUCGUCCUCCUUCUCGUCGAAGACGAUCUCGCCGAAGACGCUCGCGAUGAACGACGCCAUCGACGAGCUGCGCGAGGCGUGCCGUGACCUGCGCUCCGCCGCGAGCGGCAAGGAGGGCAGCGGCGGCUUCUUUGGCUUUGGUGGGCCAAAGGCCUCACCACAGGCGAUGGACGACGGCAAGCGGCGCAAGAUCGCGCAGGACGCGUACGCCAAGGGCAAGGACGCCAUCAAUAAGUACAUCGAGCUGGGCAACGACGGCCUCGGCCUCAACUUCACGCCGAUCGACCAGAUGGACUGAGCCUACCUUCCGCAGGGGCUGCCGCCGGCUCGCCACCUCGGGGCCGUGCACUGCUGUCCGUUAUCCCGCGCUUGGCCGGCCGCGCCUCUCUUCUGGCCGUCCUCGCCUCGCUGCGCUGUUUGCACCGGCCGCGCGCUCUCGUGUUUUCGUGGCGCAGGGUGAGAGAGGGUUUCGCUUUUCGGUCGAUCGGGCUGAGGAGCGUUCUUGUGAGGCACGAGGGAGACAUUGACACA